CAAACAUUGAGAGUGUUUGCGAGAGAGGAAGUGACUUAUGUAUGAUCAAAACUGUAGAGCGAUUGGCCAUGGUCAGAAUCUCCGAGCACUCAAGAUUUCUUCCAUGAUUGGGUUGAGCCAGGGCUAAGAUAGGUGCAUUAAACGGUUACAUGGAGCACCCCUACCAGAGUUACGCCAUGUCAGCAAUCCCCAAGGAACUUACGCCCUCCCAGAGACCCUCCAGCUCCAUCUACUUGCCGCCGGAGAUCCUUGCCAUGGUAAUGGCAUACUGCGAUGAUAAGAGUCUCCGAUUACUAGCGCUGUGCAGCAAACUUUUUCGGGUUAUCUGUACGCCACUGCUUUACCAGCGAGACUUACAAUCGCCCGUUCCUCGUUGUGUUGCCUGGGCGAUUUCCGAGUGCGAAGACGACUCCGUUUCACUAUGUGUACUUCAAAGAGCUCAGCAGUUGGGGGCGGAUUUUCAAAGGAGACUGCCGUACGACUGCUUCCUCGGUCAUUGCGGUACUGAUCUUGCUCUUCUGUUAGGUCGCGACAAGCUUGUUGCUUUUCUUUUGCAGAACGGAUUUCAUGACCAGGAAGUAAUCAUCGACAACAAAGUUUGGUCUUUGCUUCCGUUCAAAGCGACUCAUGCUUCUCUUUGGGAACUAGACACCUCGAUUGCCCAGCUCUCUGCAUCGGACGGGCGUUUUCAAAACGCUUUCGAGCCAUUCAUUCAGUACAACGAGUUCGAGCCAACCUUUGCGAGGCUUGGAACACUUUCUUUCGCGCCCUGGUUUCCAAUGUCGCAAGAGGAAAUUCUACAGUAUGUGUACGAGUGUGGAGUCAGUAGCUUCAAUAUGGGUCCGGAAUUCGAAUUCAAACGUAGGAGAAUGUUUGUUGUUAAAGCGAAAUCUUUCAGGCCCAGAUGUAGCCUGUGGUAG